UAAUCAUAAAUUUCCCUGAAAACUUGGUUAUAGCUCGACUCAAGUGAACCAGUUGAGUUUAUUGUGUUUCUCUCUCUCAGAGAUAAAUCACUUUUCCCAGGUGUUAAGUAAGAAAUGGAAAUAUGGAUCAGCAUUUUUGACACUUUUAUUCUUCUCUCUGUUCAUUUCUAGUUAAUACACAAUCAUUUCUUUGUUGAAAAGUUACGUCAGUUCCGCGAAAAACAGGUGAUUGUUUUCGAUAUGACAAUCAAUCUGGAGUGAAAUCGGCUCGUGAUUGACGGCUAAAUGGGCUUCAUUUGUGUAUAUAACAUUGACUCUUUUCCAUUAGGAACUCACAUCUAUUCAAACACUGAACCAGUUAAUCUUGGCCUUUUACAAUCGUUCAAGUAAGUCCCUGCAAAAUGAAAUUCCUCAUGAUAGCAGUUUGUCUUUUCGGAGCUGCUUGGAGCGCCGUGCCGUUCGAGCCAAUUGAAGGAGCAUGGAGCUCAAAUUCUGUUGACGACCCACUUGUUGCUGAGUUGGCUGCUAAAGGUCUUGAUUAUGAAAACCGUUACGGCAACAGUUUUUAUUACAAGAAACUGAUUACCAUUAAAGAAGCUAGAAUUCAAGCUGCCAAGCCAUAUGGAGUAAAUCAUGAAGUUAAACUCUUGAUUGGCCAGACUGACUGUGCUAAAUGGAAUGUCAAUGCUACUUCAUGUGAAGUGUCUCCUAAUGCAAUCCCUGAAUUAUGUACCUAUGUUACCUGGGUAUCACCAGAUUUACAUUGGAGAGAACUCACCCAAGCCUCUUGUGAAUCUGCUGAAUAAUCUGACAGACAAACGAACUCUUCAACCGUUGCUUGUUUAAAAAAUAAAUUUCCCAGAAGUUCAGGUCAAUGAAGCUAUGGAUGCUCUUGAAAACACAGCUAAUCGACACUGAGUUUCUUUCUAACUAUCUAUUGUUUUGCCCAUUCCUUUUA